GGCCGGGAAGCUGUCUGGGAUCUUUGGGUUCUGGGCCUGGCUCUCUAUACCCUCUAGGCAGCCAGGAUUAGGGAGAAGGUUGGGGUCAGCCACCAAGAGGGGCACUGAGCCUACAGCCACUGUAGCCACCUUCACAUGGAAAAAUCUGGCUCCACCGUCCUUGGCUGGAGGCUUCUGAUUUCACCUAGCGUUGGACUCUGGCCUGGAGGUGUCAAUGAACAGGAGAACUUAAGGUCAACCUGAAACUGUGAGCUACAGGCCCUGGAGCCUGGAGGGAAAUCAGAGGGAGGAGCAGCCCUGUCUCCUGUGCCCAUGGCAGACUGGGUCCUGGUGUUCUUUCUCCCAGCAUGUGGAGCAGUGUCACCCCAGUUGAAUGCUACUCCCAAAUUGGUUUCCUCAGUCUACAUGAGCCCCACAACAGACAGCCUGGCCUAGACGGCCACGUCAUCAGUACGCUGUCUGUUGAGAUCCCAGGGGUCCAAAGCAACCGACCCUUCUCUCCCUUACCCUGUGUUUAUCCUGCUACCAAGCUGGAAGUCCUUCACAAGGCCGCUUGUCAUCCCGCCUCCCUACACUCCACUCCACCAGACCAAUCCACCACCUACCUGACUGCCACAGCCUCCGGCUUCCCCUGUUCUGUACAUGACAGCAAACUGGAGAAGGGGCCUGUCUGACCAGCUCCAUUCUGUCAUGUCACUUUUAUAAGCUUUGAGUGGUUCACCUACAUGAUCAAAUCUAGAUGCCCAAAUUCUUGAGGAACUUCUUACUGUCUCACCUGGCAAAGUGCAGCGCUGCUUUCGAGACUUCCUGCCUCCUUGGACCUUCGUUGUCUUCAGUCUUGUCCAUCAUCCUCCUGAAGAGCCAAGAGCCCAACAGGCAUCUGCACUAGCAGUGAAGAAAUCGGGUACUGAGUCUUGCGCCCUUGAUUUGCUGAGAUCCCUCCGGGACCUUCUUCGGACCUCCUUUACUUCAAUUUUCUCUCAUACCACCACAUCAAACCAUCUGCAAAUCCUAUCAAAGGGUAGAUUUCUGCAAAAUCUACCCAUAAUCUGACCACUUAUUUCUGCUCCCCUCACCAACACUGGUUUAACCACCACCAUCUCUCAUCUCUUCUUUCUGCUUCCUUCCACAUCUUCUUUUCUGCAAAAGGAAUCUUUUUAACAAAUAAAUCUCAUCAUGUCACCCUUCUGCUGAAAACUCUCCAUUAGCUUUCAAUUUCCUCAGGGUAAAAUCUCCAGUCCUUACAAUGGCCUCCAGGCCUCCAUUGUAGCCCCUGUUCUCAUUUCUAACCUCACCCCUUGCCAUUCUCAGUUGCUUUGCUCCAGGCUCCCUGAACCCACUGAACACAUUUCUGCCUCAGGACCUUUGCACCUGAUGAUUUUUUUUUUCCUAAAACACAUCCUUCAGGUAAGCACAUGACUUGCCCCCUGUCUUCAGAGAGGGCUUCCCCUGAGCACCCGACCUAAAUAGCAGCCCUCCCCACUUUCUCUGUUCUCCUAUGUGGCCUCAUCUUUCUUCAUAGCACUAAUCACCACUUCCCACAUUUCUAGUUGUCUACUUGUUUUAUCAUCGCUCCUUCCCUAAUCCAUGAGAACAGAGACUUGUUUUGUUCAUUGCUAUAUCUGCAUUGCCUGAAGGAGUGCCUGGCACAUAGUAGGCAUGUAAUAAAUACUUGUUGGAUGAAUGAAUGGAUGAACAAAUUGCUGUAUCCCUUAUCUCUUAAACUAGGUUCUAAGCACCCUGAAGGUAGGUGCCCCUACUUUAUCAUGUUUGUGCCCCAAUGUGAACGCUUACGAACAUUGACAAUAUACAUACAGUGAUUGAAACAACUUGUAAGUAUCAUGUGGAAGUCAGUUUAGCCAAGCUCUGUGGAAUAGGGACAGGGAACACUGGAAUUCAAGAGAGCAGAGUUCCCAACCAGGCUGUGACUAGGACAGCCUAGUGUGUGGUCUGGGAGAAACAGUCUAUACAGGCCCCUGUUUUCUCAUCUGUAAAGGCAAAGCUUGGACUAGGUUUGGAAAUCCCUUUCAGAUUUGAUAUUCUGUGAUUGUAAAUUUAGGGCAAUCGCACUUCAUUUGACAAAUACUUGCGGAGCUAAGUUUCAGGCACUAAUGGAAAAAAUAAGACCCAAGUGUCCAGAGUUCUUAGAUUGAAAAAACAAAAUAAAAUAGGGUCAGCUCAGCUGUAAAAAGUGCUGAGUUUUUUUUUUAAAUGAACUACUGUUGAUUUACAAUAUUGUGGAGACUUGGCCCUAAACCUAACACUACCUUAAACCUAUCCCGAGGCCUAACCCUAACCCUAAAACUGAACCUAACCUAAACCCUUACCCCUAAACAUAACCCUAUCCCUUAACUCUAACCCUAACCCCUAACCCUAACUGACCUUAAACCUAAUCCUAACCCCUAACCCUAAAACUAACCCUAUCACCUAAUCCUGACCCUAACCAAAAAAAACAAAAAAAAAAUUUUACAGUAGUGUCUUAAUUUCCAGUAUAUAUAUAUACAUAUAUAUGUAUAUGGAGUCUUUUUCAGAUUCUUUUCCAUUAUAGGUUAUUGCAAGAUAUUGAAUAUAUUUCCUUGUGCUAUACAGUAAAUCCUUGGUUAUCUAUUUUACAUGUAGUGGUGUGUAUCUGUUAAUCCUAUACUCCCAGUUUAUCCCUCCCUCACUCUCUUUCCCCUGGGAACCAUUAGUUUGUUUUCUAUGUCUUUGAGUCAGUUCUUAUUUUAUAAGUUCAUUUGUAUUAUUUUUUUAGAUUCCACAUAUAAGUGAUAUACAAUGUUUGUCUUUGUCUGACUUACUUCACUUAGUAUGAUAAUCUCUGGGUCCGUCCAUGUUGCUGUAAAUGGAUGGGAUUUCAUUUUUUGUGGCUGAGUAAUAUUCCGGUGUGUGUGUAUGUCUGUUUGUGUGUGUGUGUGUGUGUGAAUAUGCCACAUAUUCUUUAUCCAUUCAUCUGUUGAUGGACACUUAGGUUGCUUCCAUGUCUUGGCUACUGGAAAUAGUGCUGCUAUGAUCAUUGAGGUGCAUGUAUCUUUUUGAAUUAGUCUUUGUCUUUUCUGCAUAUAUACCCAGGAGGGGGAUUGCUGGAUCAUAUGGUAAAUCUAUUUUUAGUUUUUUAAGAAACCUCCAUACUAUUUUCCAUAGUGGCUGUACCAAUUUACAUUCGCACCAACAGUAUAGGAGGGUUUCCUUUUCUCCACAGUCUCUCUAGCAUUUAUUAUUUGUAGACUAAUAUUAAAUUUUACUUUUUAAAAAAAUUUUAUUAUUUUUUAAAUUGCAGUAUUUGUAGAUUUUUUUGAUGGCCAGUCUACUGAUAUGAGGUGAUACCUCAUUGUAGUUUUGAUUGGCAUUUCUCUAAUAAUUAGCAAUGUUGAGCAUCUUUUCAUGUGCCUGUUGGCCAUCUGUACAUCUUUGGAGAAACGUCUAUUUAGAUUUUCUGCCCAUUUUUUGAUUGAGUUUUUUGUUUUUUUGAUAUUGAGUUGUAAGAGCUGCCUGUAUAUUUUGGAAAUUAAGCCCUUGUUGGUUGCAUUAUUGCAAAACCUCCCAGUCUGUAGGUUGCCUUUUCAUUUUGGGGGUUUCCUUUGCUGUGCAAAAGCUUGUAAGUUUGAUUAAGUCCUACCUGUUUAUUUUUGCUUUUAUUUCUUUUGCCUUAGGAGACUGAUCUAAGGAAGUAUUGCUAAGAUUUAUGUCAGAUAAUGUUUUGCCUAUGUUUUCUUCUAGGAGUUUUAUGGUGUCCUGUCUUACAUUUAAGUUUUUAAGUCAUUUUGAGUUUAUUUUUGUGUAUGAUGUGAAGAGCUGAGUCUUAAAGAGGCAAAGCAUGCCCUGGAGUCGAGGCUGGGAAGGACAUUCUAGGACAGAGAAAUGGCUGUGCAAAGGCAGGAGGCAUGGGGAAAUUCAGGAUAUUUGUGACUGCAACCAUACAACUUAUGCUACACAAAGAAAUGUUUGAGACAAACGGCUUUUGUAUGCUGAGAAGUAUGCUCUGUGCCCAACAAAGCAAAAGUCUGUUUCAGCCAGGAUAACAUUCACAACUGGAAAACAGCCAGGUGAGAAAUGCCCACAACCUAAAUUGUUCAGGUUUAGGAAAUGACUCGGCAAGUCCUCUCACUGCUUCCUAUGAGAUCUGACUUACUCCGCAUCAGUCUGUGACGGCUCCAAGGCCGCCUCCCACGGCUUCUAUCUCCACAGCUCACCCUAGGCCCUAGGCUGGGCACAAAAGCGGAUCAAUCGCUACUCGGUGGGAUUCGAGGUGGGGGUGGGGGUGGAGAACAAGGUCUAAACUCAGGUCAGGCGCCCAGAAGAGGGCCUGGCGGUUGUCCCCAGGAUGACCCGACCUCCCGGGCUAGUUGAAGCGCCUUUGUUACCAGGCUCACUGCAGGGGAAGCCUGGGGUUUGCUCCCCGCUCAUUGGUCUGCAGAGAAGCGCCUCCGAGGACCCGCUGUUACCGAGGCGAGGACGAGAGCCUAUUGGUCAGGACACCUCACAAUGGCCCCCCGGCCACGCAGGGUUCUUCCCAUUGGUUCGCUGCCUGCCUCGGGAGACCCUUAUUGCCUAGAACACAGGCCUGCUACUUGGCGCGCCCUGGAACGAGCGCCCCCCGGCUGAGCCCUGUUCUUCAUUGGCUGCUCUGGGGGCCGCUAUCUAAUGAGGAGCGAGGCGCAGAGCCCCCCGGGCACUCUCUCCCUGCAGUAGGAUCUAGCCCUGCUGGAGGGGGACCCGCCCGCGACGGCAGGAGCCAAAGCUGUGCAAAGGCCAGGAGCCCAGCAUCUCUGAGGAGGACACCUGUUCUCCGUGGGGACCUGAACUGGAUCGCAGCGCAGGCCUCCCAGCGUGAAGCUCUGCAUCUCCGACUUGAAACUCAACCCGGCAACCUCCAUAUUAGGAAAUCCCGUGCCCUGAAGGCUUCGUCGGACUGAGAUCCAAGAGCGGUGGAGACAAGUGAAAGCCCGGAGGGACCAUGUUCUACUAUCCCAACGUGCUCCAGCGCCACACCGGCUGCUUCGCCACCAUCUGGCUGGCAGCCACGCGCGGCAGCCGGUUGGUGAAGCGUGAAUACCUGAAGGUGAAUGUGGUGAAGACCUGCGAGGAAAUCCUCAAUUAUGUGCUGGUACGCGUGGAGCCCCCGCUGCCCAGUCUGCCGAGGCCCCGCUUCUCCCUCUAUCUGUCAGCCCAACUCCAAAUCGGCAUCAUCCGGGUCUACUUUCAACAAUGCCAGUACCUCGUAGAGGACAUCCAGCACAUCCUGGAGCGCCUGCACCGGGCCCAGCUGCAGAUUCGCAUUGAUAUGGUGGAGACUGAACUACCCAGCCUGCUGCUUCCUAACCACCUGGCCAUGAUGGAGACUCUGGAAGAAGCUCCAGACCCUUUUUUUGGGAUGAUGUCUGUGGAUCCCAGACUCCCCAGUCCCUUCAAUAUCCCUCAGAUUCGACACCUCUUAGAGGCUGUGACCCCAGAGAGAGUUCUUGAGGAGAUUCCUCCUGAAGUCCCUACAGAGCCCAGGAAGCCAGACAGGAUUCCGGUCACUGUGGUGUCUCCUGAAGCCAUCACGAUCCUGGAGGAGGAACCCAUACGUAUGCUGCAAAUCGAGGGUGAAAAAGACCUCCCAGAGAUCAGCCGCCGAGACUUGGACCUGCUGAUUGCUGAGGAAGACGAAGCCAUCUUGUUAGAGGAACGUCGUCGGCUGGGUAGGCCUGUCCGGGAAGGUAGGGCCUACCCAGCGCUGGAUGGUCAGGCCUCCGCACAGGCAGUCUGGGCCUGGGCCAUGCUCCCAUCUCUUCUCUUCUGUGUUCUGAGCCCUGAUCCUCUCUCUGCAGAGGCCAAGGAGGAGCUCCGGGCCCCAGAGGAGGAGAUCGCAGUUCCCCCACCCUCACCUCUAGCUCUCGCAGAGGUACUUCCAGGCCGGGUCCCGGUCCCCGAGGAGCCGAAGCUGCCAGUCUGGGAGCCCAGGGCCCCACUUCCUGAGGUGACCCCCCCGCUGGAGCUGCGUCUGCCAGCCCCACCAAGCCCAGAGCGGAGGAGGCCCCCAGGCCCCCCACCUCCAGGGGCCCCACCUGCUCGCCGCCGCCGCCGCCAGCUGUUAUUCUGGGACAAGGAGACCCAGAUCUCCCGGGAGAAAUUCCAGGAACAACUGCAAACCAGAGCCCACUGCUGGGAGUGUCCGAAGGUGCAGCCUCCUGAGAGGAUGAUCACAAGCCCUGCCGAGCUGUUCCGAACCCCGACUCACCCUGCCCCGCUGCCCCCAGAGCUGCUGGCUUUCUGGACCCACUCUGCCCAGCCACCCCCGACAGCACUCAGGCGAAGGCCGCCCAAGGAGGCCGAAGAGGAGGCCGCAGCCGAGGAGGAAAGGAGAAAGGCUGAAACUCCAAGUGAUAUUGAGGCCCUGAGGGAGGCCCUGGAGCCCAGUGGGCCCCUCAUGGUGUCAGAGAUCUCCCUAGAAGCGGCUGAGGAGGAGAGGGCCCGCGUCAGCCUCGUCCCCCCAGAAGAGCGGUGGGCCUGGGCUGAGGUGGAGCAGCCGGAGCCCCCUGUGUUGCCUGUGGUGCCUGAACUCCCCGAGGUGCCUGUGGAGAUGCCUGUGCCGCUGCCACUGGAGCCUGAGCUGCUCUCGCUGGAGGCCGUGCACAGGGCAGUAGCACUGGAGCUGCAGGCCAACAGAGAGCCUGACUUCAGCAGCCUGGUGCCGCCUCUCAGUCCCCGCAGGAUGGCUGCCCGAGUCUUCUACAUGCUGCUGGUGCUUGCCGCACAGGAGAUCCUUCGUGUGAAACAAGAGAAGCCAUACGGGCGCCUCCUGAUCCAGCCGGGGCCCCGAUUCCACAGCGGUUAGAGCUCAUUUACAAAGCGGUCAGGAAACUGACUGCGUAAAACUAGGUCCUGCCUCACUAGGCCCUGCCUGCCUCAUUAUGAACAGGCAUCUCUGUCCUUCCUGUUCUCAGAGCUACUGUUCAAGCAGAAAAUAAACUGCCUUUAUUACA